GUUGAUGUUGGCUCAAUCUUGUGCCGUAAAUGGGGAAGAGAACUGCUGUUGAUGUUUUGUUGGAACCCAAGAGCAAACGAAAGGAAUGAUAAGAAAAAUGCUGAAACCAUGAAAGAAAAGGAAGGAAACCCCGGCAGAGGCUCCGGCGGCUGUGAUUUGCUGGAAAACAACAAAAGAAGGGGAAAAAGGUUGCUACCCUUGUUGCCGGAAGAGGACAGCAGUAGUGGCAGCAGCAACAGCUGCUGCGUUUCUCUUGGGUGUUGGUGAAGAGAAAGGAGGAGAAGAAGGGCUCGUGCUUGUGAAGAAGAGGGGGCUGCUGCAAAUUUUUUUUCCUGCCGUUGGAGAGGAGAAGAAAAGAGAAGAAUGGGGAAGAAGAAGAAAGAAAAAGCAAAGAGAGAGGUGAGGUGGGGGAAUGGGCGUGAGCAUGAAGAAAUUGCCGUGGCAGUAGUUUUUUUCUCUCAUACUUAACAGAAAAGAUGAGAUUUUGUCGUAGAAUUGAGGAUGCAGCAAAGAAGACAAGGAAGAAACACUUGAGGCCGCCACCUUUUCAGGGUCCUUCGCCGGGAAUCGAUCCUUUGUCAAAAACUCUUCCAGCCUACGAAGAAGUCGGAUCCCGCGACGGUGAUGCAAUUGCAGGAGUUGACGUCGCCGGCGACAUGCUUGAGCUGAUUCAGGCGGAGGAGAGAAUCCAGGAAUGGAAUUACCUUUUCCAAAAUGUUCCUAUCUUUUUCGUCGGGAUGAAAAGUCCAAUUCAAUGAACGAUAAGGGUAUAAGUGUAAAAGUCGGACCUUUUUCUCGCCUUCGACCCAAAAGGAAACCCUUUUUGAUAGCAGCGUUCCUUGUGCCGCCGCAGCGCCGCUCAAAGGUGAUCAGUGUGUAGAUUCUUGAAAUUUCGUAGACAUGGCAGAUGAUCAGGAAACCGAUAAGAACAUUCAGAUCUGGAAGAUCAAGAAACUAAUCAAGGCAUUGGAAUCUGCCAGAGGUAACGGCACAAGCAUGAUCUCUCUCAUAAUGCCUCCACGUGAUCAAAUUGCUCGAGUCACCAAGAUGCUGGCUGAUGAAUAUGGUACUGCUUCAAAUAUUAAAAGUAGAGUCAAUCGACAGUCCGUGCUGGCGGCCAUUACAUCGGCUCAGCAGAGGCUGAAAUUGUACAGCAAGGUUCCUCCCAAGGGUCUGGUUUUGUAUACCGGUACCAUUGUCACCGAUGACGGAAAGGAAAAGAAGGUGACGAUUGAUUUCGAGCCUUUUAAACCCAUUAACGUCUCGCUCUACCUUUGUGAUAACAAGUUCCAUACCGAAGCUUUGAAUGAACUCCUGGAAUCAGAUGACAAAUUUGGUUUCAUAGUUAUGGAUGGUAAUGGAACUCUGUUCGGUACCUUGAGUGGAAAUACACGAGAGGUGCUUCACAAAUUCACUGUUGACCUUCCGAAAAAGCAUGGCCGCGGAGGGCAAUCAGCACUUCGGUUUGCUAGGCUCCGUAUGGAAAAGCGUCACAAUUAUGUGCGAAAAACAGCAGAACUCGCCACCCAGUUCUUCAUAAACCCAGCUACGAGUCAGCCAAAUGUGGCCGGACUGAUCUUGGCCGGUUCAGCCGACUUCAAAACCGAGUUAAGUCAAUCAGACAUGUUCGAUCAACGUCUUCAAGUUAAAAUCCUCAAUGUAGUCGAUGUUUCUUACGGAGGAGAAAACGGUUUCAACCAGGCCAUUGAGUUGUCAGCAGAGAUUCUGUCGAAUGUGAAAUUCAUACAGGAAAAGAAGUUGAUAGGGAAGUAUUUCGAAGAAAUAAGUCAGGACACUGGGAAAUAUGUUUUCGGUGUGGACGACACUUUAAAGGCUCUUGAAAUGGGAGCUGUGGAGACCUUGAUCGUGUGGGAAAAUUUGGAUAUCAAUCGAUACGUGCUAAAGAACAGUGCUACUGGGGAAAUUAUAAUAAAGCACCUGAACAAGGAUCAAGAAGCCGACCAAAGCAACUUCCGCGACCUGGCUAGCAACGCGGAACUAGAGGUCCAGGAGAAAAUGUCGCUUCUAGAGUGGUUCGCCAACGAAUACAAGCGUUUCGGUUGCACAUUGGAGUUCGUCACCAACAAAUCGCAAGAGGGCUCGCAGUUCUGCAGGGGCUUCGGUGGCAUAGGUGGCAUCCUGCGCUAUCAGCUGGACAUGAGGUCCCUCGACGAGUUGUCGGAUGACGGAGAGGUGUAUGAGGACUCCGACUAGCAAUCAACAAUACCAAGCUCGAGCUGGCCAGGGAAAAGAGACCUCGUCCAAAUCCUAUGAAGCUCAUGGUGCAUACAAGCAAACACUGCGUGCGCAUUUCUCGAUUGGUAGACCGGUGGUGGUUCAAGUUCAGAGAGUGGAAUUUCUGAGCGGGAAGCUUAAUUCUGGUGUAGCUAAAAUCAAACUUGUCUUGAUUUUUAGGACUCCCCGCAGUUUUUAUCUGUAACUCUGUUUCGGUUUCGAUACAAAGUUUGUAUCUGCAGCAGACUAUUUCGAUGAUGGUUGUAAUUUGAUCAUAAUAGAAGCUGUUUUUGGUAGGGCUGUAAA